AUGCAGCUGCCGCCCGCGCUGCACUCCCGCCUGGCGGGGGGACCCGGGGCGGCCGAGCCGCUGCCGGUGGAGCGGGACCCCGCGGCCGGAGCCCCGCCCUUCCGCUUCGCGGCGCGCCGGGUACGCUUCCCGCGGGAGCACGAGUUCUUCGAGGACGGGGACGUGCUGCGACACCUCUACCUUCAGGACGUGCUCACACAGGUGACAGAGGCGCCGGAGAGGCCCAGGGUGCCUGAGUUUACCUGUCAGGUGGCAGGCUGCUGCCAGGUGUUUGACAGCCUGGAGGACUAUGAGCACCACUACCACACUCUGCACAGAAACGUCUGCUCCUUCUGCAGACGGGCCUUCCCCUCAGUGCACCUGCUGGACGUCCACAUCCUGGAGUGGCAUGACUCACUGUUCCAGAUCCUGUCCGAAAGGCAGGACAUGUAUCAGUGCCUGGUGGAAGGCUGUGCAGAGAAGUUCAAGACCAGCAAAGACAGGAAAGAUCACCUGAGUCCGUCAGAACAUCCUGGGAAUCAUGUCGAAGUGUUACCAGCCCAGCCACACCCGAGGCCGCUGUACGAGCAUCCGCAGAAGCUCCGAGGGAUGACGGAGAGCAAUCAGGAGGGGAUGCCAUGGAAGUCUGCUCUGAACACGCGGCCUCCCUCCCAGAGCCUGUGGGCGAGCGGCGGAUCUCCAGCCACAGAAUACCUUCUACCAUCUGUUUCGGUCAAGGUGCAUCACGAGGAUUUAAAAGCACCAAGAAAAAAAAGGGACACCAGUGACAACGUGGACGGAGAGCCACAGAACUCUGAGCUGACUCUGAGCGAGCGGUGGCCUUUCGCAGGAUGGGGCGUCAGUGUUGCACUUUCUCUCGCCUUCUGGUGCGGCCGCCCUCAGACUCAGGCCUUUGCCACCCUCCAUCUCAGCCCGGCUCCGUGUCGCUGAACAACUGUGUGACAGCAGAAGCAGUGACAGACCCACGGAUUCCCGACACAUGCUCUGGCGAAUGAAAUGGCCCGCCAUGCCACCUCCCUGUGCAGGGCCGUCCUGAGGAUGUGCCGUAUAAAUACGUAGAUAUUUGCCA